AUGAUGCCAACUGAUUCAGAGAUGCCAGACUCUCGGGUGAGGGUCGACCUCCCGGACGUCGACUUUUUGUUACUGCCUUGGGAAUACCUGGACCAGCCGCCCGAGGACGCUCAAAGUUCAGCAGCCGAAACCGAAACGGAGGGAAAGCAAGAAUCACAUGAGACUGAAACCGACGCCGAGAAACACGCCGAGCCUUCUGAAGAGGCACAACCCCAGAGCAUCCCUGAUACAGCCAAGAUCAAAGCGUGUCCGGUCUACACUCGGUGUAGAUCCUUGGGAUAUUCUGUGGACUUGUUCGGCGAAAUCACUAGCAUGCAUGACACAGCCUCUAUUGAAGAAGCCUUUCUCGUUGAUCAUGGAAUACAUGAUGUAUUGCCGGAUUUUAACCGCAACAUAUAUAAACAUUCUCACUACUUCUACUGUUAUCGGGCUGUUGUUACUGAAGGGUUCCAUGGUAAUGAUGCUGCCCAAAUUUGGUAG